CUUGUUUCCCUGCGUUUUCCGGACAGUAGCCGCAGGAACACACAAACAUGUCGGGUCCGGAGGAGUCGGUUCGGGAGUUCAGGGCGGUCACGGACGUGGACGAGGACCGGGCCCGCUUCUUUCUUGAGUCCGCGGGCUGGAACCUGCAGUUGGCCUUGGCCAGUUUCUUUGAGGACGGAGCAGAUGAGGAUGAUAUCGUCACACUUCCACAGCCUGAAGGAGGCUCCUCUGUGUCCAGGUCCACUGGCCCCAGUGCUCAGCCCAGAGUGACGUCCUUCAGAGACCUGAUGCAUGAAGCUGAAGACGACAGCGAUGAAGAGGAGGGUCAAAGGUUUUUUGCGGGCGGUUCUGAGCGCAGUGGGCAGCAGAUCGUAGGACCUCCUAAAAAGAAAAGUCCAAAUGAAGUAGUGGAAGAUCUCUUCAAAGGAGCCAGAGAGCACGGAGCUGUGCCCCUGGACCGGAGCGGGGUCCCAGGGGUCAGCAGUAGGGCACAGGCAUUUUUGGGCGGAGGCUAUCGUCUCGGAGCAGCGCCAGAGGAGGAGUCUGCGUAUGUGGCUGGAGAGAGACAUGCCAACAGUCACCAGCAAGAUGUUCAUGUGGUGCUGAAGUUGUGGAAGAGCGGUUUCAGUCUGGACAAUGGAGAGCUGCGGAACUACAGUGACCCCGGGAACGCCGGCUUCCUGGAGGCCAUCCGCAGAGGGGAGAUUCCUCUGGAGCUGCGGCAGAGGGCCAGAGGAGGUCAGGUUAAUCUGGACAUGGAGGACCACAGGGAUGAGGACUUUGUCAAACCCAAAGUCGCCUUCAAGGCUUUUGGGGGGGAAGGACAGAAGCUGGGCAGUGCAACUCCGGAGCUCGUGUCGGCCCCUCCCUCUCAGAAAGACCAGGCAGCCGCAGAGGCUCAGGCCAGUGCCUCUGUGACCCUUGACCCCUCUGCUCCCGUGACCAACAUCCAGAUCAGACUGGCCGACGGAGGACGACUGGUGCACAAGUUCAACCACACGCACAGGGUGUCUGACUUGCGUGCGUUCGUGUUGGCGGCGCGUCCUGCGAUGGCGGCGCGAGAGUUCGUUUUGAUGACCACGUUUCCAAACAAAGAGCUGAGCGAUGAGAGCCAGACGCUGCAAGACGCCAACCUUCUCAACGCCGUCAUCGUGCAGCAGCUAAAGUAGAGCUGACGCUACGCUAGCCCGCCAUGCUAACAUGCCCCGCCCCCUCAGAGGAGGCGCGGCGGCGUCUGGACUCUUGAUUUUGUUUUUCUAAAGUUGAUUCUAACAUUUUUGUUCCUUAAACUCCUCCUGGGGAAAGGUCACAGGCACUCAGGGGCAAAGGCCACAGGUGCUCAGGGGUCACUGCAGUAUGUGGGGGAGGGGCAUAUCUGAAAUGAGAUAAAAUGAAUGAGAGACUGCUCCUCCUCCUCUUUUGCUCUGAUGGCAGUGCUUUGGUCAGAGGAGUCAGAAAUAGGACUGGACUGCUCCUCUUCUUCGCUCUGGUGGAACAUCAAAACAGGAGAAAGAACCACACCUGAAGUGAGAAAGUAGCUGCUUUAAUCCUCCUCCUCUUCACUUGAAGAGGAGGAGGAUCUUUUAUAAGCCUGACUUUUCUGAACUGCUCUUCCUCUUCACUCUGUCAGCAGUAUCGGAUGAGGAGGAGCAGGAGGAGGCACAUCUCAUCUGUUUUUCCCUCUGAGCUAUUCCAUUUCUCAAACUCCUGGUUUAAACGAGACUUUACUGAAAAUAAACUCUUGAUUUGAGUGUUGUGUUUGACUCUUUCAUUCUGUGACCAUCAAAGGGCGCUGCUCAUCUGGACUCGUAGAAUGGGAGGAAAGAAAAUUGAGACCAGACAGAAACCUUUUAAACCAGUUAAAUAAACUGAGGAUUAAACUGAUCUGAACCCAUUCAUCAACUCAAACCCAGACAGUCAGAGAUCAGAUGUUAUCUGGAUCAAGUCCCAAAAUGGCUCUCAUCCAGAAGCCAUUUAUAUUUGAUGACAAAUGUAAAAUGUCUUCUGGAACUGCAGUGUCUCAGUGACCUCCCUGCCAAUGUUUGAACACAGGAAAGAUACUGUCCUCCCACUCUUCUUCUCCUCUGCUCCUUCCCUUUAUCCUCCUCUCCUCUGGUUGUCCUCCUCUGAUUCUCUUCCCUCUUCCUCCUCUCGUAAAAAGUAGACAUUUCUCAUGAGCCUGGUUUGUUUCAUUUGAUCACACAGAUCAUUGCACAAAACCACCUCCGCUUUAAAUAAACCGUUUUGAGUUUGACUUUAGUUUUAUCAUUAUAGUCAUAGUCAUUAGGGUUUACCAGCA